GUUUGUUUUGAUGCCAACAGCGGUAGAUACUCAGCAAGACUCGCGAGCGAAUGUGACAAUUAAAAAAUAUGAGUAAAACACAACGUAAUUAAAUGGGGACGGAGGAAGACGAACUGUCGGUCUUCCGAGAUCGGUGGAAAGAGGAGUUGAAUAAUAACGCGAAAACCGCUAAUGAAAAUAAGAGGUAUUUUGGGGAUCAAAAUAAAGACGGUUCAUCUGUUCACCAAAGCACGAGUUUUUGGGAGAACCCGAGCAGUGUGUCACAGCCCACACCGAUUGAGCAGCCGGAGUAUGUGUCUAUCGCUGAGGGUUUGCUGGACGGCCGGAGCGGUCCAUUGCUGGACAGGCUCGAGCACGAGAGAACGCGCACGAGGAAGCGCGCUCCCGAGAGCGAGGCGCCCAAAACAGACGCGCCCCCCAAAAAAGUGAACGCGUGCCAGAAACUGCUCGAGCAGUUCCUUCAGGACCUGAAUGAGGUGAAUGACAUACCAUUCUUUGACGUGGAGUUGCCCUAUGAGCUGGCGCUCAAGAUCUUCAACUUCCUGGGCAGAACAGAUCUAGGGCGAUGUGCUCAGGUGAGUAAAUCCUGGAAGGUGCUUGCUGAAGAUGAACUUCUGUGGUAUAGAUUGUGUCUGGAAGAAGGUUUUCACAAAGGGGCCAAUAUCUCUGACUCCCCCUGCUGGAAGAGCACCGUCAGAGACUGUCGCAACACAGAGAAUGCAGUCAAAUCAAAUUGGAAGAAUCGUGUUGGGUCUAUUCGCCACCUACAGUAUGAGCUGGGCAAGGUGUUGUGUGAUGUCAGUUCCUGUGCUGGUCUUGUAAUUGCUGGCUAUACAUCUGGUGAUGUUCGUCUUUGGGACACACUUCACUGGGACAAAUUCUACCUGAAACCCACACAUUCCAUCAGAAAUGAAACCCCCGCGCCUUACGCUAAUCACGUACGGGUCAAUAAGAGCAUAGCCGCAGCUGCUUAUGAGAAUGGGUGUGUGGAUGUGUGGAGCACUGCAACUGGUCUUGAACCCAUUCACCAGUACCAGCACCUCCAGAGGGUUCAUGCACUGGAUCUCAGCCCGGACGGUCCAGCUUUGGCCUCUGCAUCUGGGCCCGACGUACGUGUGGACGCCCCUGAUGAGCAGGGCUACUGGAGAUCUCAAUGCCCUGUUCGGUUACCAAAGCCUGUGGAUGGGGUGUUGGUGGUGCCAGGCAAGCGGGACAUCCCCUUGGUCACUGCGUGGGCAGGUGAGAGUGUUUACCUGCUGGACUCCAGACAGGAGGAAGAACAGGAACCGAGGGUUCUUCACUCUGUAUAUGGACAUCCAGUGACCUGUGUGGACACGUCACUCAGCAGAGCCGCCAUGGGGAUCAAGAGCUGCGGAUGGGGCAUGAAUGAUGGAGGCAAUAAGAUUCAGGUGUACGGCCUGGAGAGCGGCCAGUGUGAGCUGACCAUGGGGAACUCGGCCGGAGACUUUACCUGCGUCAACCUGAGAGACAGCGGCCCUCACCUUCUGCUGUGCGGAAACAGAGACAGGCGAGUGAGAGUGUUUGACUUGCGGACUGGCUCGUCGGUGCUCUCAUUAUAUGCUCAUCACAUGGGCGUCACAGCAGUCCAGGCAGAUGAUUGGAGGAUUGUAAGUGGCGGAGGCGAGGGAUUGGUCAUUGUGUGGGAAAUGAGGAUAGGAGCCAAACUCUGGGAAAUGCACAACAGACACCCGGUUCAGCACAUUCGGUUCAGCAGCAGCACUCUGGUGACGGCCAACAUCCCUGAUGAGAAGAGUCCCCGCGGGGCCUGCAUUACAGAUGAUGACCUCACCGCUCACCGCAGAUACCGUGGACUGAUCUGUCAUUAUGAUUUCUCCAUGGACUCGUCCAGUCAGGAUCACGUUCUGCCCAUCUGCAGGUCCAACUACACAGAGUCCUCCGGCUACAACUAUAACAUUGGCCUAUCCAUGCCUUACGACACACUGAGCGGCCCUUAGACUCCGGGGGCCCUUGGAUGACUGGUAUUGCUACUUAAGGAUGAUCUGGAGUUUUAACAAUAUUAUUAUGUGUUUUAUAGCCAGCUUAGAUAUAGACGUACGUGUGUUAACAUUCCAUUUCAAACACAUGAUUCUGCUUCUACAUUUAGUUUUUAAUAUAUUGUACUAUAUUAUAUCUGUGCUUGUACAUUUUAGUGUACAGUAAUAUCAGAUCUCCAUUUAAGAUGAGAAGAAAUACAAAUAAUGCAAAAUGA